AUGUUAGAGGACCUGAGUCAGGGAGCAGGGGCCAACCAUGAGAAGGAGAUGGCCGCUAUAGCCCCCAUCUCUGGGGAGAACAGCAAACCUGAGGAGCCCAAGGGACUGCAGAAGCAGAUCUGUGACCUCGCGGCAGAGGUUUCAAGACAGGCGUCUUGGUGGUGUGUGGCUCACAGAGACCUCCAAAGCCAGAUCGACGCUCUAAUGAAGGAGAACCAGGAGCUCCGUGAGGAACUGAAGGCCCUGAAGCAGCAGAGCGCUGGGGCCGUAAAAUCUUCUGUAGCCUCGUCGCCCGCAACAAGAGCAACCGAUACUCUGCCUGUGUACAUAAGAAUAGAGGGAAUCGAUUCAGAGAAAACAACAUCAUGGGACGACAGAGACGAUGUCCCUUCUGGAAGUCUUCAAAACGGAAGCACAAUGGCCACUGGAGGAACAGAUUCCUUAGACGACAGACUAUCUUUUCUGUCUUUUGAUGAAAAGGUUAUGCACCUGUCUUCCAAGUUUGUGCAAAGGCACCUUGGCAGGAUCUCACCAGAGCCACCAUCGGACACCACAGGUCUGGACACAGAGUCAGUGGCUGAUAUAUGGUCCUCCAACCCAGAGAGUUCUGAAGGUGAGCUUCUCAUGCAGGCUCAAGCAAGCAGGCUCCUCCCUACCUUUUCCCAGAAUGCACUGUGGCUGCAGAAUCUCAUGGCAAGAUCAGGGCCAUCUAAAGAAGUACCACGCUCCAUGAACACCAAGAAGGAUAAGGAGACACAGGAAAAGAGACAUCCGAAUGGCAAGGUCGAGCAGGUUCUCAGCGAUGGGCGAACCAUCAUCACCUUCCCCAACGGAACCAGGAAGGAGAUCAGUGCCGACAAGAAGACGACCCUCAUCAAGUUCUUUAAUGGUGACGUGAAGAAGGUCAAGCCCGACCAGAGAGUGAUUUAUUACUAUGCGGAUGCUCAGACGACACACACAACCUACCCGGAUGGUGUUGAAGUUGUGCGGUUUCCGAACAAGUGGACUGAAAAAUUCUACCCGGAUGGCUCCAAGGAAACGGUGUUUCCUGAUGGGACCGUGAAGCAGCUUAAGGACGGCUGUGAGGAGACUGUGUUCCCUGACGGGACGUGUGUGACUGUGAAAAGGAAUGGAGACAAAGUCAUCAUGUUCAGCAAUGGACAGAAAGAAAUCCACACGGCCAGGUUCAAGCGGAGGGAAUUCCCAGACGGCACAACCAAGACUGUGUACUGCAAUGGCUGCCAGGAGACCAAGUAUGCCUCCGGGAGGGUCAGGGUCAAAGACGAGACGGGAGCUGUCAUCCUGGACUGGAAGUAG